AUGCAUCCAUCCUCCAAGUUGGCCCGGUGCAGGAGCAUUCGAAAUGCGGCCUCGAUAGCACCUUUCAAUUUCACCCUGUGCGAUUUCCUCGCGCCCACCGUCUCCAUCUCCUCCUCUCACACGCUGUCCGGCCCUGAUCCAAGACCCAGAGCAUCUUCUAUUGCUGUGUGCCGAGAUAACGUUGCGGCCGUGGAGUCAAUUUUCUAUGAUGCUCUGUCACACUCGGCCAGAUGUUGUGUUGUGGCCGCCGCAUCGAUCUCGACGGGGAAGGAGAGCUCUCCCAGCAGCAGCAGCAGCAGCACCCGCACGAUCAAGACCAGCAUUUCACAGAGACCAAGAGACAAUCAGGCGAGGCACCGGUCAAUACCAUGGGCACAGCGCCGUGGCAUCAGCAAUCAUGUCGCCCCAGACCGUCCAUCCUCCUUGAGCGGAUCCGAGCUUUUUGAGCUAGAGUCAAGCCAGAACACGACCAGCACUAGCCACGAGGCGUCCGUCGAUGUCCAAAAACGUGGUUUUGCAGCAAGAAGUCCGCCGCCUGCGCGACCCCUUGGCGACGUAGACAUUCUGCAAAAUAAGGUAGAGGAGAUAGGCCCGGGAUCUGAUCAACAUGGGACAGACGACUCGCAGCCUACGGUCAACGAGCACUUACGACUACUCAAGUCUGUAAGGGAACUAGAAGACAAACUGGGCAAGGCAAAGGCUGAUUUGGCCGCUUCAAUGCGAAGGGGACGUGAUCAACCGGCCUUAGAGAUAUCCCAGCAUCGGAAAAGACCGACAGUGCAGCUGUCAAAAGAGGAUUACAAGAAUCUGGUCGACCUGUACUAUUACACCAAUCGAAGUCGGUUCGACCCUGAAUCGUCAGACUUGUCGCCUACACCAAAAUUUCUCGAAGAUUAUAGUUUCAAGCUGUCCGAAGACUUUGCGCCGCCCCAAGCCUACGCCGAGUUCUACGACCACGACCAAGAAGGCUACCAGUCGCCUCUGAAGGAGAUUGAACAGAUAUUGAAGUCGAGACAGCUGCGGGAGAUAUCUGUCACGAGUGAUUUUGUCGACCUACUCCUUGAUGACCAUUCAACCAAUGUUGCCCUUUUUCAGGCGUACAAAAGGCUGCCGCAACCGGGGGUAGCCUUUCUCCCUCGGGGGGUAACCAGGGUGUUCCUGCAACGCAUGGCAACGCCCUGGCAAAAGAGCGAAAAAUCCAUGAUCAGAUACCUCUCGCUCAUUGACGAUAUGCAGAAGGCGGGGCUGCCAAUCACAAAAGCAGAAUGGGCGUCGGCAAUAUACCUCGCUGGAAGAUCCUUCAGCAGAGUCACAGAGACUGAUAUGGUCAACUCCUUCCGAAUAUGGAAGCAAAUGGAGCAAGAAGCCGGCGUCAAAGCCCACCAUGUCACCUUCAACAUUCUUUUCGACAUCGCGGUCAGGGCAAACAAGUAUGCCGUUGCACAGAUGGUGCUCAAAGAAAUGCACGAUCGUGGCCUCCGAUUGAACAGACUUGGCCGUGUUAGUGUCAUCUACUACCAUGGGCUUCGAGGAGACGGCGAUGCCGUAAGAAAGGCCUAUCGGGACUUCGUGGACGCGGGCGAGAUCAUUGACACGCUCGUCCUCAACUGUGUGAUCGCCUCACUAUUCAAUGCACAAGAACCGGCGGCCGCAGAGCAGGUAUAUGAACGCAUGAAAAGCCUUCAGCUAGAACUGCGUCGAGGAAAGCACAGAGAUGGCAAGUCCGUAUUGUACAGACGCUAUCCCGGCCCUGGAUCGGAGGUGAUUGAGCACGAGAUGGCCGCAAACUCUCUAGGCAGGACAUUGCUAUUCGCUGCACGCCUGAAGAAGAUGUUACCCGAACAGCACGAGGAGUUACAGAACGCCAUGCCGCUGACGCCAGACCAUACAACCUUUCGUACCAUGAUAUCUUACCACGUUAAUGUCUCGGGCAAUCUGAAUCGAAUCACGGUGCUGAUGGAUGAAAUGUCCAAGCUGUUCAAAUUGCCAUUCCAGAGUAUCACCUUUCAGUUGCUGUUCAAGGGCUUCGCAUUGCACGGAGCCACUAGCGAUCCCGAUGCUACGUGGAGUGUGAAACGACUCGACCUCGUAUGGGAUGCGUGUCGACGAGCCAUCAAAGAGGGACAGGCAGCUCGACGGCGUCUGCCUUCCAAGCCAUUGGAGCCGACGCUUCCAUCAAUUCGCGCUAUCAACCAUCUCGGAAUGGCGGAUGAAGGUGCACAGGAGCAACGAGACGAGAAAAACCAGAGAGGCCUGAAGCGUAUGAGCAUGUGGAACGAUUUUAUCCUCGAUCUUGCCUUGUUCCCGAAUGAACGGCGGAAACAUAUUGAACGAGUCCACGCCGAACUUUUUGACGAGGAGAAAGAGGGUAAAGGCGUGAAAGCAUUGAUCUCGAGAAGCGUCGAACAACUAUCGUCGCACGCACAGCAAACAUAUUACCCGUUGGGCGAGGCCAAGUAUGACCAAGAAGAAGGCGAAUAUGUCUUACCUCCCCCAAGUGCAGCAGUCGAUCCGUCUGGAGGAGCAAGGCACCAAUCUUCUGAAUCUUAUUUGCCCGACGCUGCUUCUUCACAUAAUGAAGUCGACGGUUCCUCACGUCAUGCAGACCGGCUUUCGGACACCGGGGCACAACACGAACACAACCACGCGGAUGAAAACUACGACGAGACAGACAGCCAACCCAUCCCGGUGACCUCGCCUUACCAAGUUCAAGCGACACGACCGUUGAUAUGCUGGCUCCUGCGCGCGUAUACGCGGUGCACGGGCUCACGGGCCAAGGUAGAAGAAGUGUGGAACUCGGUGCGCAAAGUGUGGAAGACAAGGGAUCCUAUUGAGCGGGAGAACGUGGUUCGCGUGCUCCGCAGGUGUCUGAGGGAUUGCGAUCGGUUUGGACCGCCUUUGUGA